UGUAGAGAAUAACAAUAUCAGACCAACCACUGUGGUAACUUAGCGACAUUAUAAAUACAGGUGGUCGUGUAGCCAGCGGCAGACGUGUGUUGUGAUCGCUCGCCGGAACGCGCGCGAAACGCGGGAAAUUUGACAAGCAGCCAUGUUGGUUUUGAAGACUUUGAUCAUCUGCGCGGCGUGGCUCACAGUCCACUGCCAGGGUCACAAUGGACCCACCACGACUCCUGUGCCCAUCCUCAAGCAGAUCAAUAGGCAGAAUGAUGAUGGAUCCUACAGUUACGGCUACGAAGCUGCCGAUGGAUCCUUCAAGAUUGAGACAAAGUACCCCAAUGGUGAUGUAGCUGGGAAGUACGGAUACGUUGAUGAGAAUGGCAAGCCUAGAGAGAUUUCUUAUGGAGCCAGCAGCCAGAGGGGUUUCGAACCUGAAGGUCCCGGCAUCAUGGUGCCCCCACCAACCUUGAACAACAACCAGCACUCGACCAACGCCCUGACUGACGGCCAAGAAGACGACGGCCAGUACCGAGAGGAUCCCAGCAUCUACGAAGACCCUAAGUACAACAGCCGCGCUCAACCACGACCAGCCCCAAUCAGGCAGUACCACCAACCAGCUCAACCAGCCCCAGCGAGGCAGUAUCAGCCGGAACCUGCAGCAUUCCCUACAGCAGCCCCAGCUCCUCAAUACCAACAGCCUAGCCAAUUCCGUUCAGCCCCUCUAUACUCUCAACAGACUAGUUUGUUCAACCAAGGUCCUCAGCAGUUCCCUUCUCAAAAUCAGGACUUCAGACCUCAAAGCCAGGUGUACCACCAGCAGCCUCAGUUCUCUUACCAGGCGUAUACUCCUCAGCCUUAUAACAACUUCCAGAGCCAGUCUUUCCAGCCGCAACCUCAGCCGCAGUACCAACAGCAGGGUUACAACCAGAAUCAGAAUUAUAACCCAUUCUUUGGACACCCUGCCCAGAACUUCGAUCCUAGCUCUGGAUCUUAUUCUAUUAAUUUUACUGGUUAAGCAAUGAUUGGCUGUUAUUUUUGAUGGUAUUUUAGGUGUUAAGUUCGUGGGAAAGUAGACGAAUCAUUACUUGCAAACUAAUAGAUAAAUAAAAGAACAAUUAUUUUAAAAACGUUGUCAUAAUUUGAAAAAUGAAGAAUAAAAAUAAAGAAAGUGCUGCCAACUUCAGCAAAUAAUGAUUUAUCUGCUAAACCAUAACGUAUAAAAAUAUUUUGUACAAAAUGUAGAAAAUUUAAGGUUACCCAAAGUGACGAAUGACACCUUUUUUACGAUUUUUUGUAUAUUUUUAGUACUAGUCAAUAGUAUCGGCGUUUUUAUGAAAUUUUGUACGAAGGAGCUUUAAUUAUAUUGUCACUAACAAUAUUAAUUAAAUUAUUUAUUGAUACAUUUCCUUUGUUAUAGGGUUUAAAAAUACGUAUAUAAAUCUACAUAUUUAUGAAAUGCAAAUUAUUAUAUUUAUUAACAUAUGUAAAUAGGUACUUGUCAAUAUCAAUCUUUUAUAUUUUACAUGUAUUUUAUGUAUUAUAUUCUAUUGAUAUUUAAUGUAUCGGUACAUAAACACAUAAUAAAUAAGACGACCAUAUUUACCUUCAUCUGACUUGUGUUGUACUUAAAAUAUGUAAAUAUACCAUAAGUAUUAUAAUUGAAUUAUAAUAUGCAUUCAUAUAAUUACGUGAUUUGGCAACACAUUUUACGCUUACCUAAAGAAACUGUUUAUUUUGAUCUAGUAACACACUUAGCAGCCUUCCUAAUGCAAGUAAUUUUUCAGCUAAUUUAUGAAACUGCUGGAAUUUAUUUAUGGCAGUCUAACUGCAGUACUCAAAUUGGCUGAUUUAAUUAACUCUAAUAUUCGGGCUUCUAAGUGUGUAACUCGCCUUAAAGUAAAAACUUAGCGAUACAUUCUUCAGUUAUAUUUGCCUUUGAAUAAGCUAAGGGUGUCUAUAUUGUGUGUUAACAUACUCUUAAUAAAUUAAAUAUUAUAUUUACAGUUAAAAUGUAAUUUCAAAUUGGCAAUGCAAAAUGUUGCCAACAUUUAUUAGGCACGUAUCUUAUGACUGUAACGGUUAUUAAAUACUUAGUUAUAUAAUUAAUUAUAAAAUGUGUUGCCAAAUUAUACUUUUGUAUACCCAAUAAAAAUAAACCUACCUUUAAGUAUCUAACAAUGAAAUAAAUAUUCAUUAAACGGCCGCUUGAUUACGCGUGCUCCAUUUCAAAAUGGUGACCGCAACGCGAAAUAAUACGUGUAUCGAUUGUAAAUAUAUGAUUAAAUAAAACGUUAUGUAAUA